CUUAGAAAGAGAAUUAUACGAGCUACCAACUAUGAAACGUCUAGGUUGUGUCCUCAGACAAUCACGCGAUAUACUUAUUUGUUGACUGAAAAAAGCGUUUUUUCAAGAACGCGCGUCUUUAAAGGUUUAAAAGUGCUCGAAAAUAAAUUAUUCUUGAAUGAAGUAAAGAUCAAAAUUUCCAAAGCUGAUACCAAAGAUCUUAACAGCUGUAUUAUAUAGUUGAGAAAAGCUUCAAUAAUAAAGUUCAAUAUUUAUAUACACGAUUGGAUCAUAUGUUGUUUCGUUGUGAAGCAACAAUACUCCUACUUCAGUUAAAAAGAAUCCGGAAUUUAAAUCAUUAACAUGUCUUUGAUCGGCUGGUAACGAAAUUGUUACUUUUCUUGGUUAACAUGCGUUUCAUCACCCUCGUUUCCAGGGCGUUUUAGCUCCAGAGCCGUGUUAUUACAGCACAUUCAUUAAAAACGCCUUGGAAACGAGAUCGGUACUUAAUCGUCUGUUGAAAAGCCAUUGCUUUCAAUUGCUUAGCAUGUUUAGUCGCCUGGUAAAGAAGAUGUUGCUUAUUCUCGAUUGGCAUGUGUUCAAUCGGCUGGAACAAUACAAUAAGAAUCAUAUGCAGCAUGAUUUGUGGUAUUAUAUGCAGUACAGUAUGUAACAGUUUGCUCAGUAUCGUUGUUUGUUCUUGCUGUGAAAUGUUAGUUUUGUGAGAAGUACGCGAUACGUUACCAAUGGAAGCAUAAAUGACGUGGAGAAUGCGCAGCAAAGUCGCUGUUUUUAUGUGGUGUUUUAUGCUGACGUAUGGAGAAAUUGGCAACCGUCUGCAUCACUCUAAUUAUCGUGUCUCUCAUCACAUGGGAAAGAUGAAGAUCAAAGCAAACCCUGAAGGAGCUGACUUCGAUUUCUCUGGUGGUGAUCUACAUGUUGACCUGCAUCCAGCUCAUAGCGAUAUUGUUCCCAUAUACAACUAUUUCCAUAGUGAUUAUCAUGAAUAUCAUGUGCAACCUGUAGAACAUCACAUUGAGCAUGAACAUCACUCAGGAGAUGGUGAACAUCAUGAAAUGGACCACCAUGGUGAAGAUGAAGAGGGAUACACUCGCAGCUUAGGUUACCAUCAUGAGCACGAGCAUCAUAAUCAUUAUAAUCACCAUGAAAUGGAACCUUAUGAACACCAUCACUUGCACCACGAUCGUUACCAUGACAAUGACGAACGUCAUAGCGAUAUGCAUCAUGAGGAACAUCACUCAGGUGACCACAUGGACCACCAUAUGGAUCAUCACCAUGAAGGUCAUCACAUGAAUGAGGAGGAGGAGAUAGCGGCUGACCACGGACAUCAUGACAUGCCGCAUGUCUUUCCUAUUGGCAUGGGGCACGGUGGGGCAGGACAUCAUGGUAGUAGUGAGGUAGGACAUCAUGAAGGACAUGGAGGUGGUGGGGGCGAGAUGCAUCAUGGUAGUUACGAUGGUGGUGGCUAUGGAGGAGAUGGUGGUGGUUAUGGUGGCGGUGGUUAUGGUGGCGGUGGUUAUGGUGGAGGUGGCGGUGGAAUGCAUCAUGGCGGUUACGGUGGUGGUGGCUAUGGAGGAGGUGGCGGUGGAGUGCAUCAUGCUGACUUCCAUCCUGGAAAUAUUCACCAUAAUAGAGAAGAACAGUGGGGACAUAAUAUGGGGCAUGUGGGUGGCGGCGAUUAUGGUGGGGGUGGUGGACAUGGUGGUGGCGGCGGGUACGGUGGUGGGCAUGGUGGUUGGUGCAAAAGAAGUGAUGUUAAUGGCAACUGCCUUAUCAGGCAAGGUGAAAAAACAGAAAAUGGGGAAGAGAGAGAUUUUUUGAUUAAACCAAUAGGUCUUAAAGGCUCGAUUCGAGAAAAAUUUAAAAAACAUUGGGACGAAGAAGAAAAAGAGGAAGGUGAAGAAAAAGAAUCUCAUGAAAACGACGAAGAUAAUGACGAUGAAGAUAACGACAAAGAUGACGAUAAACACGUUGUACGUCAUCAUCAUCGUCGUCUUCAUCAUCACCACCACGACGAUGAUACGGAACCGUCAAAACCUGAUGACGACGGCAAGCCGACAUCUGAAGAGUUUAUGAGGGUAUACAAUUAUGCAAAAAAAAUUUAUCCGGGGGAAGACGAUUCAUCUGGUGAUGGUGGUAAUGAGAAAGUUGAACCAGUUUAUAAAAUUAAUGACAAGUUGAGUGCUAGAGAAGAACAACUAGCUAAAGAUAUCGAAAGAAUGGAGGCCAUAAGAAAAUCAAAAAGAAGGGAAGAACAACUAAGGCGUGAAAAGGAGAGAGAUGAAAGAGAAGAGCGUGAAAGAAAACGAAAACGAAUCAAAUUAAUGGAAAGAAAACUGGAAGAAGAAAAAGAAGAAAAGAAAAAAGAAGAAGAAGAAGAAAAAAGAAGACAUGAAAAAGAAGAAAGAGAUAUGAAAGAAAAGAAAAAAGAGGAAGAGUCGUCAAAAGAUGAUGUAGAAAAAGAUAUAGAAACUAGAGAAAAGGUCAAUUUAAAUUCUGGUGGAGAAGAAAAAGAAAUACAGCGUGAGCAAGAAAAGGCGUAUGGGAGCAUUGAAAAAGCAGAACGGGAUAACAAAAGUUCAGACGGAGAAAAUACGGAAGAGAAGGAUGAAAAAUCAAGACAAAAUACAGGUGCACUGCGGUGGAAUGAAGAUAAGGAAGAUAGCGUACACUCUCCAUCGCAUAAGUCACAUCUGCAUGAGAGGGAAGAUUCAGAAACAGCUGAAAAAAGUCACGAUGAGAGAGAAGAAAACAGAGACGAAGAUAAAGGGAAUGAAAAAAGUGAAGAAGAAGGGGAAGAUAGAGAUAACCCACGAAAAGAAGUAAGUGAUGAUGAUGAUAUGGACGAUGGAGAAAGACGGCAGCAUGACUUUCAUGAUAUGAUAUCUCACGUGAAACCCAAGUCUUUACAUAGUUUAGAAAGACCUCACGAAGGAGUUGAAAAGUUUGGUGGAAAAGAUGAAGAAAUUGAUAUUAAUGAUAAAACACAGGAAGGAGAUAUUGAUCAAAUGGAAGUUCAACGGAAGUUAGAAGAAGGGAAGAACGAGCUACCCAUUCAGGAUCAACGCGAAGGAGAGCAACUAAAGGAGCUCGCAAAUACUUACACUCCCCCGAUGAAUGCGAAACCAGAAACAGACCGACAACAAAGCAGUAUGUAUGAACAGAAUCAAGAUGUCAAACUAGAAGGCGCUGACCAUGAAUUUUACCACGAUCGGCCAAACUACGCAGCAAUGAACCACCACGAUGACGGAGAGCGUGAAAUUGAAAAUAAUCACAACGAUGAAGAUCAAGACAAGCGACACGAAUUAAACUUAGCCGAACCCGUAAAAAUAAGUCAUUCUAAUGAAGAUAUCACAGAAAGGCCGCACAGUGAAGAAGACGUCGAUAAAAAAGUUUUAGGUGACUUUAAAAGUAGAUUUAAUGAGGAGACGAGCUUUCAAUCAGUUGAGCAAGCUGAAGAGUUAUUCAAUCAACUCCAAGAUGCGGCAUUGUCUAAUCAGAAAAAAUUAGAUGGCCAGCAAACAAGCGGAAGCGUGACGGAUAACGGCCUGGUUAGUGCCGGCCCGCAUAACCACGCCAUGUAUCAAACCCACGCCACUAAAAGACAUAAUUUAGCAGAUCAUAAUUCAUACAAGAGCACUGCACAGUUUUUUUCUGGUAAUAAAAUCCAGAAAGUCAACCAAGUAGAUAAAGACAAAAGACAGAACCUGUUGUUUAGUAAAUUUUUUGUUGCAGCACAACAUAAACAGCCAAGUCGCAACAAACGCUUUUAUAAGAUAUACUCUAGGAGAAAUCACAUCAUUAAAGGGACAGAUAAUUCUAAGGAAUUAAUACCUAAUAGAGUUGAUAAUGCCACUGUGCCAAUAUCCGUACGUAUUCCUGUGUUUAGAAGAAGAAAAUAAAGCAGAUGGAUUGUAGUGUCGAAUUAAUGAAAUAUUUGACUGUAAAUAUGCUCUAAUAUAAAAAUCUCACAGCUUG